AUGGAAACGUCGCUGUUAUCAAAAUUCAAAAAAUUGUGGACUGGUCAAGAAGAAGGUCCCGACAAACCGGUCGGUAUUCGGUGCGCAGUGGCUUGUUUUGUUCUUCUUCUACUGACUUCGGCGAGCUUCCGAUCUCAUGGAUUCCUUUUCGUCGCUAUUAGAGAUCAUUACAAAGUUUCGGCCGACGAGGCGUCCUGGCCCAUCAGCACGUCGGGGAUGCUCACAUUCUUCUCCGGAAUCCUGGUCGGGCCUUUAUCUCAGCGUUUUUCCCUGCGACCCGUGCUUUUGGUCGGAACGCUCUGCUCCUCUCUCGGAUUCAUUCUGUCCUCGUUCGCGUAUGACACGACCGUUCUGACUUUUACCUACGGCCUUAUCGGAGGCUUCGGCAACGGCGCCAUUAUACUCCUUGUCAACGUUCUCAUGACGCAGUAUUUUCUCCGGUAUCGGGGACUCGCUUUCGGUGUCACCGCGGCGGGUUCCACCGUGGCGUCUUUCAUUUUUCCCAAUUUGAUGCUGAUAUUGGUCGAUGUAUGGGGCUUUCCCACGGCCAUGCUAUACAUAGGCUGUAUGCUCCUGCCGAUGGUGUUGAUCGCAAACUUUCUCGACGACGCCCCGUGGGUCUCUGGUGACGCGGCUGCUGCUGGAAAGGCGAGCGAGUCAGAUAAGCUUCACUCGGAGGGCGGUUUCCUUGUUCAGAUGAGUAUAUUCCGCGAGCCGCUCUUCUACGUCUUCUUAUUCAGUAACGCCUCGUACCAGUGGGGCUUCGACGCCUAUCUGCAAACGGUCACCGAUCUCGCCCUGAGCAAAGGAACCGGAAGGGUCUUGGCGGUGAACCUGAUGAGUUUCUUCGCGGCGGCGGAUCUAUUCGGUCGCUGCGUCUUGCCGCUGAUUUGCGAUAAGGGCUGGCUGGGGAGAGAUGUUCUGGUUUUCGUGAGCUACAUGAUCUCCGCCGUCUACCUAUGCAUUCUGCCGCUCCUAUCGUACGCCCUGAUGGCUGCUGCUACCGUCACUCUGGGAAGUUUCUUCGGUUUAUCAGCUAUAUUCUACCAGAGCCUUGUGGGAGAGUAUCUUGGCACCGAUCGAGUCAAGGUCGCCUUUGGAUUACUCAUGUUUUUCAAGGGUGCUUUCUUCGCUGCCAAACCUCUCUUCAUCGGUUAUUUCCGCGAUCGGGUGAAAAGCUAUGUCGGACUGUACGUGAUUUGCGGCAGCCUGAUCGCGGUCUUCUCUCUGCCUUGGCUCGGCGUCAUUGUGAAAAGAAAAUUACCGUGCCGUGAAGCUGACAAAGAAUCCAGUCAGUAAGAUAUAAGCUGACACUCAGUCAGCAUCAUCGCGGCCCCGCCGGUGCCGUGGUCGACUUGUGAUCUCGGCUCGC